AUGUCUUGCUAUGAGUGCAAGAGGCAGCGGAACGCUACGCGGGGCAGCAUCCUCUUCAGCCUCCUCAACAGGGACCCCAACAGCCCCCAGGACCCGCAGAAAACUACCCCAAAAAGCCAGCUCUGCUCCUGUGCCACUAGGAAGAAACUGGUGGCGAUCCGGGCUCCUCAGCUGGUCUUCAAAGCGGCUUCAGGGGUGCUAGUGAAAACUUUCAGGUUCGUCAAACAUGUUCCGUGUUUUCGGGGUUUGCCGACGGGGGACCAGCUCCGGCUUGUGCGCAGCAGCUGGGCGCAGUUGCUGGUUUUGGGUAUGGUGCAGGACUGCGUGGACUUCGACACGGUGGAGACGCAGCAGCCGAGUCUGCUACACGAGAUUCUAACGCACAGCAAAAACAGACAGCAACACAGCCAGAUCGAGGUACGAGACCAGGGGGUGCCGGUGAGUGACGCGGAGGGGAUCAUGAUGUUCCUGGUGAAGUGCAGAGGAUUGCGGAUCAGCGCCAGAGAGUUCGCGUUCCUGAAGGGAGCGGUGCUGUUCAGCCUAGGUAAGAAACAGACCAACCUUACCCUGAACACCAGGAGGAGUUGGUCAUUUUGUGAAAUAAGCUCAAACUUAUUAGCCGCACGAGUUUGAGCUGCGUGGCGCAGAGAUUCACUGCGCAGCUUUCGUGCGUAAUUCCUGAAUCUUCCAAACUGGAUCACAUUUCACUCUGUUUACUCUCUGUCCUGCAGACGGAACAGAGCUGGAGUGUCGAGACUACAUCAGGGCGCUGCACAGAGAGGCCGAGCGCGCGCUUUACGAGCACGUGGGGGCUGUGUACCAGGCAAACAGAACGGUUCGGUUCAGCAGACUACGCGCAGUCCUGAGCGCGCUGCGGUCCGUGGAUCCCGACGCGGUGGCGGGACUUUUCUUCAGACCUGUGCUUGGAACGGGCAGCAUAGACGGACACGUGCUCUCUCUGUUUCACGAGCGGUAG